UGCAUAAACAUGAUCACGUUGUUAAUUAGAAAAGAGUAAUGUUAACUAACAUGUCGUGGGAUAGAAAAUUUAUAUCGGAAAGUGUCAAAAGUUGAACUUCACUGUUGCAAUCCGUUGUCUCAACUCCUUCUUCCUUACCCAGCAUCGUUCCAAAUUCAUUCCAAACUCGCAAUAGUCGCAACUCGCAAGGUUUACUUAUCGGAAUGUCUGGUUCUGCUUGUGAGAUAAUGAUUCCUCUGUCGCCGAAGAGAAUAAAGCUCAGCGAGAGCGAAAAUGAAGACAGACUCAGCGACUUACCUGAAAGCAUUAUUCUUCACAUACUCUCGUUUUUAAACACCAACCACGCGGUUCAAACUUGCGUUUUAUCCACAAGAUAUAAGGAUCUUUGGAAACGUCUUCCUACUCUUACAUUGCAUUCUUCAGACUUUGGAGCUUACAAGAAAUUCACCAGAUUAGUGUCUAAAGUUUUAUUUCUUCGCGAUUCCUCUAUCGCACUACAAGCUCUUGAUUUUAAGCGUAGUAACGGUCGCUUUGAGCCUAAACUCGAAAAGAUUGUGAAUUAUGCUCUUUCACACAAUGUCAAACGAUUAGGACUACAUUUCAAUGGUGACAUUGCUCAAAUUCCGUCAACUGUGUUUUCAUGUCAGGCUUUAACGCAUCUUAAGCUUUCUAUUUACAAUGGUGGUAGAGAUCAUGAAACACCGUUUCCAAAAUCUCUCAAUUUGCCGGCUUUAACGAACUUGCAAUUAGGGGAUUUUGUAUUUGAUGUUGACGAUAAUGAUUGUGCCGAGCCAUUUUCGAUUUUUAACAGGUUGAAUAGUUUGCUCAUGUGCAAUUGUGUUGUAAGGGGUGGAAAAACACUCCGCAUAUCAAGUGUGACCCUUGUCAAUUUAACUAUAUAUCAUGACAGAUCCAUCUAUUACGAAAUUGAUUUAUGUACUCCAAGUCUUUGGAAGUUUGUUUUUACCGGUACUCCUUAUCUGAGUCUAUCUGGGAGCAGUAUUUCUUCUCUUAAACAUGUAGAUAUUGAUGCAGAAGUAGAGUCAAGUCAAAGGGCACCUCUUGUGUUUCUAUUAAGCUGGCUGGUAGUGUUUGCUAAUAUAAAAUCAUUGACAGUCACUGCAACUACUCUUCAGGUUCUCUCCUUAUAUCCUGAUGUUUUGAAGAUUAGAUUACCUUCCUUGCAUAACUUGAAGUCAUUGAAAGUGAGAAUGGAAGAACUUUUGUAUGGAUUUCGCAUGACACUAAGGGAUAUCAAGUUACAGAACGCCAAAUCAAAGAGAGAAGCUGCUAGGAUACGAAAAGCAUUUAAAGAAGGGUUGGAACCACCUUCACCCGUACCUGAUGGAAUAGUGGACUUCUUGUGUCAAAAUUCACCCUUGGUAGAAGUUGACUACAUAAAAUGCAGAAGGCGACAAAGAUACUUAUAAUUGAGAAGAUAUGGCAAUCUACAAUGUUCAGAGUUAUGCGCCUGAUCUGGAUCAUCAAGUUUCUUUUGGAAUAACCGGAAACUUGACUUUUCCUUUUUAAACUUUUGGGUGAGUCUGUAGCAGUAUAUGUGGCGCAGCUAUUGUUAUUGUAUUUUAGUUUUUGGCUACUCUUCAAUCUGAAGAAAGUAUCGAUUAUGCAGCGUGGUUGAAUGAUCUGGUCCUUCAUAUUUUACAGAAGGUCCUGAUGUUUUGUCUCCCUGUCCUAGCAUUUGCUUCAUGUAAUGAUAUGCCAACUGUAUUCUAUGUUGUGUAACUCUUGUUUCUUUUAGUCCUUCAUUCAAAAAUAUAUUCUGCUGUAGUUUUUAAGGUGCUUUAUCGUUUAA